AUGUCAACCGAUAACCCCCUAACAACACUCUACAAAGAGAUCGACGGCAGCAAGAUAUCGACAGACAUCUACCUCCCCCAAUCCGACGUCUCCUCGCCGCAGAAAUACCCCGUCGUAAUCGACAUCCAUGGUGGCUCAUUCAUGCUUGGCCAUUCGCGAAUGGUCUCCAUCCUGCAAAUCAACGACUGUCUUGAUCGCGGCUGGAUCGUACUCGUUCCGAAUCACAGGUUAUGUCCCGGUGUGAAUCUGCUUGAUGGUCCCAUGCAGGAUAUCCGGGAUCUGCUAUCCUGGACUCAUGCAGGGCACCUUGAUGAGUUUCUGAGAGAUCAGGGACCUUAUCGGGCUGAUUUGGAGAAAGUUGCUGUGUUUGGGACUUCGUCGGGGGGUCAUUUGGCGCUUAGUCUGGGCUUCAAUGUCCCCAAACCUGCAAAGGCGAUCCUCUCUCUGUACGGCGCAGUUAACUUCUCGAGUCCACUGUGGAGAAAGCCACUCCCACACGUCGACGCCAAACUCCCAACGAACCUCUCAAAAGAAUUCCUCAACCAGAUCUACGACCAAAAGCCCAUUCCGACAGAUUCAUCCGUCUCACUAGAAGGACAGACAGAAUCAGGCGUCUCCAAGGGUCCGGAUUUCUCGAAGCCGCGCGACGCAUUCGCCUUCACACAAAUUGCGAAGGGAACAGUCCUCGAUGCCAUAUAUCCGACAGGAAUUACGACAGAUCCGCAGUUUGGCCUUGUUGACCCGAUUCGCAAUGUCGGGCGCAACUUCCCGCCGACGUAUAUUGUGCAUGGACAGGCAGAUACCAUGGUCCCUAUUGAUCUUAGUCGAGAUCUUUUGAAGAGGUUGAAGGAGGAGGGUGUUUUGUGUGGGAUGACGGAAGUUCCCGGAGAGGAACAUACGUUUGCUGCUAUGAUGCAGGUUGGGUCGAGGACUUGGUGGUUGCAGAGGGAGGGAUUUGAUUUCCUUGAGGGAGUUAUUGGGAAGGGGCCGCGGUAG